CCACAGCAACUCUUGAUCAUGAUGUUUCUUGCUGCGGUUCUACUCUCUUCUCUCUCUCUUGCUCUAUCCCUGGACUCAAGACCAAAGGAUAUUUAUUUCUCUUACAUAACUACAGCCACUGGGCCCUUCCUUAGCUCUGGUGCUCUACCAAUCAUUGACUAUGCACUGGAUGAAAUUAACAAGAAUGAAGACAUUCUUACCAACUAUACACUCUCUUAUGGUGAAGUAAUGGACUCCAAGUGUCAAUGGAAGAGAUCUGUUGAUGUUUUUAUGGAUCAGUUUCUGAAUAAAUCAAAGUUCACUUAUUUAUCAUUGAUUGGCUGUGGAUGCAACAUAGCUACUCAGCCAGUAGCUGACAUCAGUCACUAUUGGAGUAUACCUCAAAUUGAGUUUGCAUCUUCCUCAAGCAGUUUGUGUCAUCAGACUGUGUGUAAGAGCUUCUUCCAAUCAGUGGGGUCAUUCCAGUUCAUUGCUUCAUCUUUAGUUAGUCUAGCAGUAGAAAUGGAGUGGAGGCAGUUUGCAGUUUUAACUGAAGACAAUGUCUACUUUACUGUAAUAACACAACAAUUGAAUGAACUGUUUACCAAUAAUGAAAUUAACAUUGAUUCAUCAAUAUUGCUCACAAAUAAUAAUAAUAACAAUUACAGGAACUUCUUUAAUUGGACAAAUGGAGCUGUUCAAAGACUAAUAUUCAUCAAUACAUACAGUCCAUUAGCUUAUCAAAUACUAUGUGAGGGUUACAAGAAUAAGAUGCUCUAUCCAGAGUAUGUGUGGAUUACAUAUGAUAAUUAUCAUGAUGACUGGUGGGCGGUGAACACUAAAUGUGACCCAUCAGAAAUGAAGAAUAUGAUCAAUGGGAGCCUGAGUAUAAUACCUGAGGAUUAUUAUCCACUGCUCAAUGAAUCAUACAAUCAAACUAUUAGUGGCCUAUCUCCUGCAUUAUUCCAUAGUGCAUAUGCUAAUAUUAGCCAACAAGGCUACACUCAUCAACCAGUGACUAGCCUCUCUGGAUCAGCUUAUGACACUCUCUGGCUAUUGGCCCUAGGACUGAAUGAGGCAGCACUGAGAACAGCUAGUGGUGAUGAUACUGGAUGCACAUCAGUGAGUGGCUCACUGGUUCCAUUGGAAAGGUUCAGCUAUCAGAAUAAGAAGAUGGGCUGUGUCCUACAGGAGAGCAUUGCUCAAGUGACUUUCAAUGGAAUAACAGGUCCUUUUGAAUUCAAUGAAGACAGAGGCAGAGACACUAAUAGCAUAAUUACAUUUCAGUAUAGAAUAAACUACAAUGGAGAGCUGGUGAAGGUACCAGUUAUAAGAACGAGUCACGAUGACAUCACUAAUAGCAGUAACAUUAACUUUAUACAAAGUGUUUACAGAAUAUGGGGACGUAUUCCUUAUGAUGGGUAUCCAACUGAGAGAAUUGUUGUACUUGCACCAGCUCUGAGAAUACUCUUUAGCGUUUUGACCUUUUUUGGAAUUAUUUUUGCUGGUGGAUGCUUGUUCAUUAACACUUGCUGCAGAAAGGAAAAGGUCACUAAACUGUCCAAUGUUAAAAUAAAUGUAGUCCUUCUCUUUGGCUGCACUGUGCUAUACUCCACUGGCCCACUGUACACUAGCUCAUUCAGUGGCUUCAAUGAAACACUGCAACAAUCAGUUCUAUGCAAUUUCAGAGUUUGGGUUUUUUCUAUCGGGUACAUGCUCUCAUUCACAGUUAUAAUGGCCAAAGCUUGGAGGGUAUAUUACACUUUUAACAAUGAAAAUAAAAAUGUUAAAGAUUGGAUGCUGUAUCUCAUAAUACUGAUACUAUCAAUAAUUGAUGUCUUUAUUAUAUUUGUUGAAGCAGUUAAUCCUCAAACUAGAAUUAAUGCUAAAAUACUUUAUGAUGGACAAAUAAUCACUGAGAACAGCACAGUAGUGAAGGAAUAUUACUUUGAAUGUACAAGGAACAAGAUUAUAGUGGCCACAUCAUUGAGCUACAGAUCAUUCCUUCAGUUGAUGUGUAUCUUCUUUGUUUAUCACACAAGAAGAGUUGAAGUCUCAGCACUCAACGAAGCCAAACAAACCUCAGUCAUUAUAUAUACCAACAGUAUCUUCAUGGUACUCUAUGGAGUGAUUCAAUUUACACUUGAUCAUGAGAUAAAUUCAGUUUUGAUACCAGUAACACUAAUACUCCAACCAACACUGUUUCUAGCAAUGAUAUUCAUACCCCUGUUGCUAUUAAUAUACAUUGGGGAUCGUUAUUUUGCUAAAAGUGAGACUGAAGGACAUUCAAACAAUAUCAGUUCAAAUGAUGAGGAAAAUACACAAAUGAAUAAAAAGGAAACGACAGCAAAACUACAAGCAAGAAUCAAAGAAUUGGAAAAUGAAGUAACUGAAAUGUCAAUGACAAUGAGACGAGUCAGUGUACUUAAUCCUAUUAACUUCGACUCCAUCACUGAGGAGCAAAGCUACGUUGAAAUCAUUUACAACAAUUAAUUGAUCAUCAAUUAGUUUGGAACAUCAAACAGCCAAUAUUAGUUUUGUUAUUUUAAUUAACAUGUAUCAAUGUUGAAAUAACCAGAA